AUGUCCCGCGCAGUAGACUCCAAGACGCCCUCGCCCACACGCGACAAAGAGAAGAAGCACCGGUUUAGUCGCUUACUAGGGAAACGGGAGAAAACGCCUGAGCCAGCCCCCGGAGCUGGCCUUGAUUCUGCCUACGGCAGCAGCGAAGCGAACAGUGGAGAGGGGCCCCAGGGCAUCAUACCAGAGAAUGAGAGACACACCAGCGACAUUAUCCCGGCUGAAAAAAACAGUGAAAUAGCGAACAUCGAUCAAGACCGGAACCUUGCUGUGAAGCCGUCCACUGGGGAGGUCUUCGAUGAGGAUACAGGCGAGGUCGUCACAGUGGUGACAACCACGACGACCACGACGACCACGACGACCACGAGGGGCGGCAAGAAGCAUCAAGAUGUUCAAAAGGAUGUCAAGCGCGAGGUUCAGUCCGGUCCGGCGCAACCGCCGCCGCACCUAUUGGAAAUGCCAGCUGGGCCUACAACUCCCGAGCCAGCCAAUUAUCAACUUGCUCCGACAACGACGAGCACCACUCACCAAGGACGACCGCCCGUGACCAGUGGAGGAAUGCUGGCGGCCGAACAGCCCCGUAUACCCGCGAAAAGCCCAAAGCGGAGAUCGGGCGAUUUUUCUCGGGAGACGACUCGAGAUGGAUACCCCAUUGAUCUUGCUCCCGUAAGCCCCGUCGAGCCUCCGUUUUUGAGCCGCGAUAGUGGCACACCUCCCGCGAGCCCCUCGAGGCACAAUUUCAGCUAUCCCAGUCGAUCGUCCCUCAAGACGGCCGAACAGCCACAACGGCAUAACCAAACCACCAUCAACGACUUGAGAGCAGCAGCCAAGGGACUCCAUGGCGUGGGCGAGACUCUCCGGGGCACUCUGAACUCGACGAUCGACCGCCGCUUUCCGUCGAAGAACCCGGAAAAAGCCGCCCGAACCAAUGCUUACAACGAGGAGAUCCUGGAAAGGGGCCGUACCGAGAUGGAGGGCAUUCCUGGCGGGUGGCCUGCACACGAGAACCCCGAGUACCAGCCGGUGCCUGUCCACGACACAACCACGUUACCACAGGAGACGGUAGCUCCAGGGACGGCGAGGGAGGUCUCGCCUACCACAGACGAGAAGUCAAAGGGGUUGCGGAAGCUGUUCAAACGUAAACCUGUGGCUGAACAAGGUAUGCCCAGAUGA